AUGUGGGAGGAGGGGGGAGGGCUCUGUGGGGUGGUUUCUCAACAACAAAGGGAAAUCCCGCUAGGGAGGGGGGGGAAAGGGAGGUGGUUGCUGGGUUGGGGUUCUAGAUUCGUUGGGGGUUGGAGGGCGGUGGUUAUAGGGGAAAGAGGCGCUGGAUGGUUGUGCUGCGAUGGAGGGUGA